AUUUUCUAUUUUCUCCGUUUCAAAUUGAGGAUCUAGAGAGUUGAUGAUGAAUUAAGGAUUCAUUGAUUGAUUGAUUGAUUCGAAAAAAAUCGGAUCUUUGGUCCAGAUUUGUCCAUAAUUAGCACGAAUUUCUUCACCAAACUGAUCAGAUCGUCUCUAAUGGCUUCAUCUUCUUCCUUACAGGAUCAAUGUGAUGCCAAUCCAUCGUCCGUUGAUAAAACCAUAGUGGCCACUACUAUUACCAGCUCUCAAUUUUGUCCCAAGGUAAGAAAAACUUACACAAUCAAGAAACAGAGACAAAAAUGGACCGAACAAGAGCACGAUAAAUUCGUCGAAGCUCUCAAAUUACACGGUCGGGCUUGGCGACAUAUCGAAGACCAUAUUGGUACCAAGACUGCUGUUCAAAUAAGAAGUCACGCCCAAAAAUUCUUUUCCAAAGUGAUUCGCGAUUCAACCGAAUUAACUGUCGAGAUUCCUCCACCUCGCCCGAAAAGAAAGCCUGCCCAUCCAUAUCCACGUAAACCGAUUUCAUCAACAGUUAUCAAAACAGGAAGAAAAACAGUUAGUAUUAUGAAUGAUGAAGAACAACAUCAUUCAACUUCAUCAAUUUCAGUUUCAGUCUCAGUUUCAGUUUCAGAACAAGAACAUCAAUCCCCAACUUCAGUUUUAUCUGUCUCUGAAUCCGGUUCAUCACCCAAACCAAGUAAAUCACCAACUCGGACCCUUAAAUUGUUUGGUACAACGGUUUUAGUUGAAAUUUCCAGCUCUGAAAACCAUUCUUCUUCGAUUGGCACGGAUUACAUUUUGAAUCCAAGUGGGAACUCGAAUCAAAUAGAACCAUCAUAUCCACUAUUUCAAAUUCAUCGCCCAAUUGCUUCGAGAAAUAGUCCAAUUACAUGUUUGACUCCUACUAGUUCUAGUAGUUGUGGUUCUUUAGGCAUUAAUGGGGAGAAUGAUUCAAGCAAGGAAGUGGAAUCUCAAAACAGCAACAACAUAAGAAGCUCCUCAUCUGAGAAAAGAAGGAGAAAUUGUUGUAAUUGGGAGGAGAAAGGUUUUGUUCCAUAUAAGAGGUGUGUAAGUAGUGACAAGAGAAUUCAACUUUGUUUAUAAAUGUUAUAUAUCUUUGGCAUCUUAUUGAAAGUUUUAUUUGUUUUUGGACCAACUUUAGUAAGUUUAUUGAAAA